CAUUCUGUUAUUUUAAAUAUUUAGGUUCUUUAAUAAAUGUAUAAUAUAUUAUUAUUUUAUUUAUUCAUAUUAAUUCAAUGAACACUAUGAAAGUGCCAUAUGGAUAUUGUGACUUACGCGUCGAGCGAGUUAACGAUGAUAUUAUCAACACUUUUAUUGAAUAUGGGUACACUUUUAUUGCAGUAAAUACUACAGUAAAUUGUUCAAUACUAGGUGUUGGAAAUUCUAAUAGAAAAAAAAGAAAAAUUGCAGAAUGUAAUGGUGAAAACAAUGAAGAAAACGACUGGAUACCAACUCCUAAGUUAAUAAAUUGUGAUGAUUUGAAAUUGACUAUAGUUAAUCGAUUGACAGUACAAAUAUCAAAUAUUGGACAACUGCAUAGAAUUUUUAAUUCCCAAAAUUUUAAAUUGUUUAAUAUUCUUGCAGUAGAACCAUUGAAUGAUCAAGUUUUUCAAGACAUAUUGACUUCAUCGUCUAUUGAUAUAAUAACUUGUAAUAAAAAAACAUCUGUAAAUCCAAAGCAGUAUACAAUUGCAAUAGAAAAAAACAUUUAUUUUGAAGUAUCUUACGCGCCUAUGUUAGUAAAUUAUGUUGCUCGUCAAGAUACUUUAAAUUUAGCUCAUCUUUUGCAUAUAAAAGGAAAAUCAAAAAAUGUAAUUGUUUCGAGCGGAGCAGUUAAUAAAUUAGACAUACGUAAUCCUCAUGAUGUGAUGAAUUUAGGUAUUUUACUAGGUCUUUCAAAGAAACAGUCAAAAGAAUCAAUCACACGAGGAUGUUAUUCAAUUAUAUUACAGAGCUAUGAGAAAAAAAUAGGAAAGUCAGCAAUUAAUAUAGUACCAAGAACAAUCAAUUCAUAAUAUUGUAAAUAAUUUUUAAAAAUUAUAUAUAUUUAAUGAUUUGUUUUUAUUUUUAAUGGAAAAAGAAUAUUGUUAGAUAGAUAAUUUUUUUAACAAUGCAGAAUAAGCUCUCAAAAUCAAAAAGGGUUUUAAUAUAGUACAAAAUUGUAACUAUUUAUGAAUUUUUUAAGAUGAAUAAACUAAAAGCAAAUAAGUAUAAGUGAUUUUUUAAGUAUAUAUAAAUUGUAUUGUAAAAUUAACUUAACCCUAUUAUUUGCAAUUCGGCAUACAAUUGCUAAUUAAUGAUCUUGUACUUUAAUCAUAUAUGGAUUAAAUUAGUUAUAUUGCAUACCGUUUGGAUAAUUAAAUUUUUAUUCAAUUACUCAACUUGUGGCUGAUCCAACGAUCACUUUCCUCCUACCAGCUACCACCAAGUAUAUUAUAAUAAAAAAAAUAAUAUGGAGAAAUAAAUACUAAUAAAUAAAUAUUUUAGUUUUAUUACAUUUCUGUAUUAUGGUCAUUAAUUAUAGAAAUGUUUGUAUUAUGAUCAUAAUAUUGAAUAUUACCUUCAAAUUAAUAUUGUUAUACAACGUAUUAUGAGUAUUGACAUUUAAUAUUUAUAAUUCGAAUAAAGGAUAAUUGUACAGUGUUUGAUAAAUACAAUUGAAAUAUUAGUUUUUCAAAUAAAAGUAUAUCUUAUACAUAUUGACAUUUGCUCUGUACCAUAUAUAUUAUAUCCAUUGUUUCAUCAGCAAAGUUGAAAUUCAGCUUUUAUAAUUCAUUCCAAAAUGAUAUUUGAAGUAAUAUAAGUAAUAUACCCAAAAACAUUACUUAAUAAAUCCAUUUCGAAUGUAAUAUGAUAAAUAAAUUGUAUUCUUUUGAGGAUUUAAACCCAGUUGUUAUAUCCUAAUUUUUAGAGUUUAUUUUGGCUUUACCAAACAGAUUAUCUCAAGAAUCUUAUACUUAUUGAAUAUCAUCUUUGAAUGACUUCCAACCCUUACUGUAAAUGACCGCCCACACUGGGUCUUGCAGUAUGUGGUAGCUUGAAUACAGGCCACCUGAGCUACCGUCCGUGGUUGGUCCUGGUCGGCUACCGUUCUCCACUUUUCGGCUAUUUCCCUGCCGCUCAUUUUGUCUUUAAGGGGUGGUUACUGGUUAGUAUAGUAAUUGAAUUUUUUUUUAUGUGUGCAAAUGCGUGUUUUAGGCAGGACACAUAUAUUUUUCGUAGUGGUUGCUGGUCGGUGAGGAAGACUCCUUUUCCGACAUGCUUCGCUAGUCUUACCGGCCUUACCAUUUCGACGCGAACCCGGCAUGAAAAUCUUUGUGGGCCUUAGACAGGUGGUGUGCUUUAUAGUAGACUACGUCGUCUUUGCCGAACUUCACCGGUGUUCUGGUAUUCUUCCUCGGUUUUACCACUAUUUUUUCCCAAAACGGGUUUCUCCUGCUCUACCUUCUUCCCACGAUUUUUUGAUAUAAAUCUUUGCCAAAUUUGACAACGACUAUCCCUGGGUCUCUUGCAUUUUUUGCCUAGGAUAAAGACCGCGGGUGGGUAGUAUGUCUACUAACAGGUUUAACAGGUCUAUUCGAUAGACCUGUUUUAAAUCAAAAAUCGGAUGGUGGGUAAUUUUGUGUCCCAAGAUUUAUGGUUGCCGUCGACGAGAUGUGCGCGCAAAAUUUUUUUAAAAUCCUGAUUACGACGUUCGACUAGGUUGGCUCUCAAAUAGUAGGUAAAUCGGAGUUGUCGAACCAUCAGCUCUCCAGCGUUUUAAUUCGUUUAGCAUUUCGUUCGAUAAAAAGCUGUUAUGACAGACACACGCUGGGAUAAUCGAAACGUAAAAAGAAUUCACGUUCUAACGUUUCAGUUAUUUUCUUGGAGGUAGCUGUUCCUAGGGAGUAAGCGUCAGUCCACCUACUAAAAAAGUUGGUCGCUACCAGUAUGCACGAUUUUUCCUUAUUGGAACGUGGGUAUGGGCCCACGAGGUCGACACUGAUAACUUCCCAUGGUUGUCGGGGCGUUCUAGGUUGCAUUGGGACUUGGGUCAUUAAGACGUGCGGUAAGUGAUUUCGUGUAGAUGCAUAUGUGGCACGCAUCAACAUAUAACCUCAUUUCGUUCUUUUGACCUUUCCAAUAAUACCGUUAUUAAACCGCCUAGUACGACUUAAUCCAACCAGGAUGAUUGGAUAAAGCGUGGUACAGAGACAGAUUAAUGACUUAUAAUAGUUGACUAUAGGUCGUAGGUUGUAGCCUAGGUUGUUUGUUUUUAGUUGUUUUUUUUUAAUAGUGUUAAUACUCGUUAUGGCACCCAAAAGAAAAUGCCACUUUCGUGACGAGUUUUCUGCUACUUGGAGUUUUAUUAAAAAAGGAAGAAAUAAAUUUGAAGCAUAUUACUCUUUUUGUAAAAGUUAUUUUCAAGUUGAUCACGGUGAAAAUUUUAACAAAUUCGAUCAUAUUAAAUGUAACAAACAUAAAAAAAAAUGCUCAGUUUAAAUAUACUAGUGAAAAAGUGACCAAAUUUUUUGUAACUCCUGAUACAGAGUAGAAAAUUGAUUAAUGUUUAUAUCGUAAUUUUUCAUCAUAAUAAAUUUAAUUCACUAGCCUGUACCUCAACACUUCAUUCAAAAUUAUUUCCCGACUCAAAAAUUGCUUGUAAAAUUUCAAUUGCACGAACUAAAAGGCACUGCAAUAGUUAAAUACAUUUUAGCUUAACAUACAGUUAAUUUAUUUAAAUCCUAUUUAGAAAAUACAAUUUUCUUUAGU